AUGUCAUUCCAAAAGCCGAAUAUCCCAUUCCAAUCAGCGAUGGCACCGCACCAACCAAGCCAGCAACAAAAUACACCAGGAUCCUGCGCUCUACGUCUUGAAAGAUUAGAGCAACAAACCUCCACUACAAAAGGCGAGCUGAUGGCAUCAGUCGCAGCCGACAUCUGCGCAACAUUCAUAAGUAUCGCAAAGUACUCCGAAGAAGGUAUCCUCCAAGGACAACACACAGGCGUCAUCGACAAAGUGAUCCAGACGAUCCGCGACACGGACGUUAAGCAGAGGCACUUGCUAGAUCGACAGGUGCGCAGAUUGCGUAAAGAGAGGAAGUGGAUGCAGAAGAAGUAUUCGAGAUUGGCUGGACAGGCUGAUGGGCUGGGUCGCGCAUAUCAGGCGAAGAUGCAGCGGAUGAGAAUCUCACUACGAGAGGCGCGGGGGGAGGUGGCACAAUUACGAAGGGAGCUGGAUAUGUUGCAAGCUUCCUUGAAACGGAGUGUCAUUGAGGGGAGGUGUACUCCAAGUGACAAUAUCCAUGGAGGAUUUGAAGUUGAUAUGGGGGAGGAUGUCGAUGGAGAUUAUGAAAUUGCAGAGAGCGGAGAUGAAUCUAAGUAUGAGGGAGAUCUUUGA